AUGAAAAAUAUUCUUUCAACUGGUCGUAAAUUUUUCAAAUGUGUUCAGCAAUGUACGACUAAAACAUCGUGUGUUUCAAAACUGAAAUGUGGCCUCGAUCUACCAUCAGAUACUGUUUUGGUACAAACAGGUAAACAAUGUGCAAUUAGUAGCGGUGUAAAUACAGCUGUUGUCCAACAGAUGUGCAAUUGUGCUGUAAAUGCAGGAAUCAGGCAAUUACAAUCGGUUUGCCCACGUUUGAUAGUCUCGUAA